CUCAAGAGGAUGUACAUAACCAUGGAAGCUUGUGCUUCUUAUGGGGCAAUGGUACUAAUUCAGUUCGCGUAUGGUGUAGGAAAUAUCCUAAUUAAAAUUGCUCUAGAAAAAGGACUCAAUCAAUUUGUCUUCGUGGUUUAUAGGCAUAUAAUUGCUAUGCUUUUGUUAGGCCCCUUUGCUUAUGUACUUGAAAGGAAGCAUCGCCCUUCACUCUCCUACUCUGUGAUCACAAAGAUUUUUUUGCUUUCAUCAUUUGGCACUACCAUCCAUCUGAAUGUUUACUAUGCUGGUUUAGCCUACACUUCUCCAACUGUUGCAAGCGCCUUGAGUAAUGUUAUCCCUAGUUUGACCUUUCUCAUAGCAGUUGUGCUCAGGAUGGAGACAGUGAAGAUAUCAAGUGCUAAAGGUCAAGCUAAGGUGUUGGGGACACUCAUUUGCAUUGGCGGGGCACUUACAUUUACCUUCUGGAAAGGAGGAUACCUAUUAAAAGGCUUUGUGCCCAGGCCUCUCAUAGAUAUCUGUAGCACCAAUGCUUCUGCUUGCAAGUUGAGCCAUGGCAAGGACAACUGGAUCAAGGGUUCUGCACUUAUUCUGACUAGUCACAUAGCAUGGAGCGCAUGGUUGAUUCUCCAGGCUGUGGUCUCCAAAGUCUACCCAGCUCGAUUGUCUCUGAACACCUUGAUUUGCUUCUUUGCAUCAUUGCAAUCUUCUUUCCUUGCCCUGUUUUUUGCAAGGAAUCCAACCUUAUGGAAGCUGGAAUGGAAUAUGCAGCUAUUGACCAUCAUCUACGCUGGAGUGGUGUUAUCAUCAUUAGUCUACUACCUCCAAACAUGGUGUAUCAGCAAAAAGGGACCAGUUUUUGCGGCAAUGUUUACUCCACUACUCCUUAUCAUCGUUGGCAUAUUCUCAGCUAUUGCUUUUGCAGAGCGACUACACUUGGGCAGCUUGGUAGGAGCAGUUCUCAUCAUUGUGGGUCUUUACUGUGUGCUUUGGGCCAAAAAGGCAGAAAAUCUUGUCACUGGGCAGCCAGAGAAUGGAAAAGGAUACGAUGAUAAGAAAAUGGUGGAGAUAUCCAUCAACGAGACAGCAAGGAAUUCUGUCACAGAUGAAACGAAAUGA